AUGUUCUCCGCGACGCUCCACGACCCAGCCGCCGAGCCUGAGGCCUCUCACGUGGCCUCUCAUGUUUCUCAUGUUGCCUCCCAUCUAGCUCCUUCUGUCUCUCACGUGCCUUCUCACUCUUCUCACAUCUCUAUUACUAAUCCAAGUGUAGCUACAAAUACAAGCACAAAUACAAGCACAAACACAAACACAAGCACAAGCACAAGCACAAGCACAAGCACAAGCACAAGCUCAGGACCAAACUCUUUCAGCAAUACUUCCCCCCACAUCACCAUUGCUCCCCCCACUCCUCACACGCCAACGACAAUGGCCACUCCAACACAAACGCCUCAUCAGAGUAGUUCUGCCAUCGAUAUAACCGGCACAGCUGUCCGUCGUGAUUCUAUACUCCAUGCCCAAGGAAUGGGCGGUGUUACCUGGGGGUCUCUGGCCAUUGGAUCUUGGCUUCGUGAUGAAGUCCAAUUCCAUGCUACGUUGCGCCAGUCUCGUAAGAAUAGUAUAUUGGGAGGACUCCCGCACGAUUCUCGACGCUCAUCCCAUCUGGGUCUAAAUAUCAACAAUCAAUAUACGCAAGCCACCACGGCACCCGCAACAACAGGCUUCUUACAAUCUCACAACUCUCACAAUGCCUUUCUUUCGAAUUUGGAAAAACAGUAUUGUAAAGAUUAUUCCUGUUGUGGCGUAUCCUUGCCAGGCUUGCACGAUUUAUUAAGACAUUACGAAGAAGCCCACAUCACUGGUGCCAAUGCCACUACAACCUCCACUACUAGUAUAAACAUCGGCAACGGCACUUCAAACUCAUCUGCCAACAACACCAUCAACAACACAUCGUCUUCCUCCUCCUCCUCCGCCGCCGCCGCCGCCGCUCAAGUGCGUAGCAGGCAAAACACACUUUUCGAUAACUAUUCCUUACAAAAUAAACCUCAUUCCAAUCCACGUUCUCGUCACAAGAAAAAUUCCGUUUCUUAUGCUCCAACAACAAACUCAAAUCUAGUCGAUACAAUCGCCACCAACGAAGUGUUUUUGCAAUUGAACAAGAAGGUCAAAUUACCAGAUAUCACCACUCAACCUCCUGAAUUCGAUUUCGACUUUGUAUCGCCCGAUUCCCCACAUGACCAACCCUCCCUUCACCCUCCUCCUCCGUCUUUCCCCACGCUCAUGCACACCACCGAUCCCUUUACAACAAAUACCAAUACCACUAUCCGACCUCAAUCCAAUAAGAUGAUGUUUGAUGAGAGUGUGGAUGUGCAUGGCGACGUUGAUGUUGACGAGGUCGACGACGAUGACGACGAUGACGACGACGAUGAACAAGAUGAUGACCCUUUCUCUAAGCAUACCCCGUUGAAGUCUAAACCUGCAAUAGAUCCACCACAUGCAAAGAAACAGUACAACGGGUAUAUAGACGAUCCUGCAAGAAGAUUAUACGUGAUGGACCGAGAAGAACACAAGCCGUUCAAGUGUCCUGUUAUCGGCUGUGACAAGACGUAUAAGAACCAAAACGGGUUGAAGUAUCACAAGAUCCAUGGCCAUCAAAACCAAAAAUUACACGAAAACCAAGACGGCACGUUUACCAUCAUUGAUCCGGACUCGAAUGAACCGUUUCCUGAUGGCAUGGGCUAUGAAAAGGAUAAACCGUAUAGAUGUGAGGUCUGUGGUAAGAGGUAUAAGAAUUUGAAUGGAUUGAAGUAUCAUAGAGGGCAUUCCACACAUUAG